GGCCGAGCAGACUUUUCAUGGGAUGGAAUCAAUUUGUCUAUGGAGGACACAACCUCAAUCCUCCCUCGGCUGAAGAAGCAGAACUCCAACGCCUAUGGAAUCGGCGCUCUGGCUAAGUCCUCUCUGACAGGUGUGUCAGGAGUGUCUCGCUCUAUGAAGGACAAGGUGACAAAGCCAACAGCGAUGGCCCAGGGGCGCGUGGCUCACAUGAUUGAGUGGCAGAGCUGGGGCAUGCAGACGGUGGGCGUGGGGGGCACAGGAGCAGGACGCACCUCCAGUCUGCACCUCCAACAAGAGCGCAAGCUGGAGAAUGACGCAUACAGCGACCUCAGUGACGGAGAGAAGGAGGCUCGCUUCGCCGCAGGUGUGCUUCAGCAGUUUGCGAUCUCUGAGGCGACGCUGCUGGCCUGGACCUCUAUGGACGGUGACAGCACAAGCGCUGGAUCUAAUCAGGGGAGCGUAGCCCACCUGAGCGAGGCCAACCAGGAAAGCAUCACCAGCCGAGACCAGAUGCACCAUUCCUCUGCAGAGGUGUGGCCUCACAAUUACAUGUUGGAGCAAAGACUACAGAGUGCCACUCAGUCUUUACAAGCUACUCCCAACAGCACCAUCCACAGCCUGCCACCCCUCACUCACCCCCCAUUAGUGGAUCUGUGGGGGGCAGCACAGACAGAGGCCUAUCAGGCAGACAUGGUGGGCUACAUGGGUAUGCCUGUAGCAGUAGAUGGAAAUCUAACAGCCCCCACAGAGGAGGUGACGACAGAUCACUCACCUUUACUGGAAGCCCAGGAAGAGGAAGAGAUCAAAGAGGAAGAUAUUACGUUAUGUAUGGAACCAGAACCAGUGACAUUCAUUCCAUCUCCAGUAACGCAGAGAGAGGAAGUGACCUCAAUGGGAGGAAGCAGUCCAGGUCAAGCCCCUGGAGAAUUCAGCACAGAGCGCAAGGCGUCUGAUGUCUCACCGUCUGUAAUUGAAGAGCUUGAAGAAAAAGAGGAGGAGUCUGAAUCGUCGCCUGUAGACGUCAUGGCAGCCAACUAAUUGGCUGGCAUGAGACUUGAGCUUGUUUUGACAUUUCAGUCAGCAUACUCAAACAAUAUCAACUCCUAUUUCAGGAAUCAAACCCCAUUGUGAUGGAAUUCAAGUGACUGCUCGAACCCAAAAUGGAAAAGCAGAACUGAAAUGACUGCACUGCUUACGUGAAAACUAUGAUUUUUUUUUUUGUAAGCCUUAUAUUAUGGAUGUCUGAAAAAGGAAGGCACAGAAUGGGAAAUCCUUGGGACUGAGAAAGGAGAGAAUGAGGAAAACCAAGUUGGAGGUACGUAAUUCAGGACAAUAAAUAUGAAGAACAUUCGGUUAAAUAUGUGCAUGCUUUUACAAGGAGUGAUGGCACUCGUUAUUCAAAAUAAAGAAACUAUAGUUAAUAAACCAUAAUGAUGAUAAUAAUAUGAUUAUUUUCUAAGAAAACAACAAAAAAUGAAAUAUAUAAUUGUAAAAUAGACAGUAACACAAGUUUUUACAACCCAAGCCCUUCAGGAUUUCAGUUCCCACACACCAUAAGAGAUCAAAUACACUCAAUACAACACAAAUGAUCCCUUUUCCUCUUCAGUUUUCACCCUGUUUACUUCCGAACACAAUCCUUUAUAUAUAUAAAAAAACAAGAUUUGGCAGAUUAUGACACUGUUGGGAGAAACACUGGUUCAAUACAGAAGUUUCUGUGCUGUGAAACAUAAAAAUCAAUUAACCGAAACAAACCACUGCACAAUCUACACACUUCUGUCGGCUGUUUAUUCAAUAUGUAAGUAUGUAUUCAAACCCUCAUUAACUCAAGCCAAUAGAUG